AUGAAAAUAAGGGUCUAUGAGGGUCAACUUUCUGAGAUAUCAGUUCCCAUUGGCCCCAACGAAACCAGAACGGUCGAUGCGGCCGCAACAAGCCGCACACGCGCUGGGGCGGGCGCAGAGCGCGAGCAGAGGACGAGCUUGAUCCAACUGCUGCUCGAAAUUGUUUGGAAUCUAACCACACCCGGCGCAGAGUUCGCGGCACUUUAUGGUACCAGCGACUAG